AUGGGUGUUUGUCGCUUGUUUGGCAGUUUGCUAUACUUUAUGCUUCCUAAAAAGCGACCUGUUGAAGCAGUGCUGGUUGAAGGAGAAGAAGCACCAGAUAACAGCGUAUCAGAUUCAUCUUCUUUCAAAAAGAACCGGAUCGAUUGUGCUUUGGAAUCUACUGUGAUUAGUAACAAAAACAGUUGUGUUACUGGUAAUUGUAGCAACACCGACAGCGACAGUAUCCACCACUGUACAGAGGAGGAGUUGAUCAUGGCACCUGGUGAUUCAAACCGGAUGGAGAUUGAUGAGGAUCUUCACAGUCGGCAGCUUGCUGUUUAUGGAAGGGAGACAAUGCGAAGGCUUUUCGGUUCGAAUGUUCUCGUUUCCGGGAUGCAGGGUCUCGGUGUUGAGAUUGGUAUGAAUUAUGAGACAUUUUUAACAAAAAACCUCAUUCUUGCUGGUGUCAAGUCUGUGACAUUGCAUGAUGAAGGAAUAGUGGAGCUGUGGGAUUUAUCCAGCAACUUUGUUUUUUCAAAGAAUGAUGUUGGUAAGAACAGGGCCCUAGCGUCUGUUCAGAAGUUGCAGGAUCUCAACAAUGCAGUCGGCAUCUCUACCUUAACUACAGAAUUGACAACAGAACAACUUUAUAAGUUCCAGGCUGUUGUAUUCACAGAUCUCAAUCUUGACAAAGCCAUUGAGUUUAACGACUACUGCCAUAAUCAUAAGCCCCCUAUCUCUUUCAUUAAGGCUGAAGUUAGAGGUCUCUUUGGUUCUGUGUUUUGUGACUUUGGACCUGAAUUCACAGUGUUUGAUGUUGAUGGAGAGGAUCCGCACACUGGUAUAAUUGCAUCUAUCAGCAAUGAUAACCCUGCACUGGUGUCAUGUGUUGAUGAUGAAAGGCUUGAGUUUCAAGAUGGGGAUUUUGUUGUUUUCUCUGAAGUGAAGGGAAUGACAGAACUGAAUGAUGGAAAACCAAGAAAGAUUAAAAAUGCCAGACCAUAUUCAUUUACUCUAGAGGAGGACACCACAGACUUUUCUACCUAUGAGAAAGGCGGGAUUGUCACACAGGUGAAACAGCCCAAGGUGUUGAAUUUUAAGCCAUUGAGAGAAGCAAUUAAAGAUCCUGGUGAAUUUCUUUUGAGUGAUUUCUCCAAGUUUGACCGUCCGCCUCUCUUACACUUGGCAUUUCAAGCACUGGACAAGUUCGUGUCUGAGAUGGGUCGCUUCCCUGUUGCUGGUUCAGAAGAAGAUGCUCAGAAGCUUAUAUCUCUGGCAAGUCACAUCAAUGAAAACUCAGGAGAUGCGAGAGUGGAGGACAUUAAUCCAAAACUUCUGCGGCAUUUUGCUUUCGGUGCCAGGGCUGUACUGAAUCCCAUGGCAGCUAUGUUUGGUGGUCUAGUGGGACAAGAGGUUGUCAAAGCAUGUUCUGGAAAGUUUCAUCCUCUUUUUCAGUUCUUUUAUUUUGAUUCUGUGGAAUCACUUCCUACAGCUAAUUUGGAUCCCAGUGAUUUUAAGCCACUAAAUAGCCGUUAUGAUGCACAAAUCUCUGUUUUUGGGUCCAAGCUUCAGAAGAAGCUAGAGGAUGCUAAUUUGUUUGUAGUAGGAUCUGGUGCACUUGGCUGUGAAUUCUUGAAGAAUUUAGCACUGAUGGGCGUUUCAUGUGGUGAACAAGGGAAGCUGACAAUAACUGAUGAUGAUGUGAUAGAGAAAAGUAACUUGAGCAGGCAGUUUCUCUUCCGUGAUUGGAACAUUGGACAGGCCAAAUCCACUGUUGCUGCUUCUGCUGCUGCUUUAAUAAAUCCUCAUCUCAAGAUUGAAGCGCUGCAAAAUCGUGUUGGCCCUGAAACCGAGAAUGUAUUUGAUGAUACCUUCUGGGAGAACUUAACUGCUGUUGUGAAUGCUUUAGAUAAUGUCAAUGCAAGACUUUAUGUUGACCAGAGGUGCUUAUACUUUCAAAAGCCUCUUCUCGAGUCUGGAACCUUAGGUGCCAAAUGCAACACCCAGAUGGUCAUUCCUCACCUGACUGAAAAUUAUGGCGCUUCAAGGGACCCACCUGAGAAACAAGCACCUAUGUGCACUGUGCAUUCUUUCCCACAUAACAUUGAUCAUUGCCUGACAUGGGCUCGAUCUGAGUUUGAGGGUUUGGUUGAGAAAACUCCAGCAGAUGUAAAUGCCUAUCUAUCAAAUCCAAUUGAAUAUACUAAUGCUAUGACCAAAGCUGGUGAUGCUCAGUCAAGGGACACCUUGGAACGUGUUCUUGAGUGCCUUGAGAAGGAAAAAUGCGAGACAUUCCAGGAUUGCAUUACAUGGGCUCGUUUAAGGUUCGAGGAUUAUUUUGCUGACCGGGUAAAGCAGUUGAUUUUCACUUUCCCUGAAGAUGCAUCAACUAGUACUGGUGCUCCAUUCUGGUCAGCACCAAAACGAUUCCCUCAUCCACUUCAGUUCUCAGCUGCAGAUCCAAGUCACCUUCAUUUUGUCAUGGCAGCAUCAGUAUUGCGAGCAGAGACUUUUGGAAUCUCAAUUCCUGAGUGGGUGAAGCAUCCUAAGAUGCUGGCUGAGGCUGUGGAGAAGGUGAUAGUGCCAGAAUUUCAGCCAAGAGAAGAUGUGAAAAUUGAGACUGAUGAGAAGGUUACUACUCUAUCAUCUGCAUCUGUAGAUGAUGCUGCGGUAAUCAAUGAACUUAUCAGGAAACUAGAGCAAUGCAGGCAGAAGCUGCCACCUGGGUUCAAGAUGAUGCCAAUUCAGUUUGAGAAGGAUGAUGACACAAAUUACCACAUGGAUCUGAUUGCCGGUCUUGCCAAUAUGAGAGCAAGAAACUACAGCAUUCCUGAGGUUGACAAGUUGAAAGCCAAGUUUAUUGCUGGAAGGAUCAUCCCUGCUAUAGCAACCUCCACUGCUAUGGCCACUGGUCUUGUUUGCCUGGAGCUGUAUAAGGUUCUGGACGGCGGACACAAAGUGGAGGAUUACCGUAAUACAUUUGCCAACCUUGCACUCCCUCUAUUCUCCAUGGCUGAGCCUGUCCCACCCAAGGUUAUCAAGCAUCAGGAUAUGAGCUGGACAGUUUGGGACAGGUGGAUCGUAAAAGACAAUCCUACCUUGAGGGAACUUCUCCAGUGGCUCAAGGAAAAGGGGCUCGAUGCCUAUAGCAUUUCACACGGUAGUUGCCUGCUUUACAAUAGCAUGUUCCCUCGGCACAGAGACAGAAUGGACAGAAAGGUGGUUGAUCUGGUUAGGGAAGUGGCCAAAGUAGAGUUGCCUCCAUAUCGUCGCCACUUUGAUGUUGUUGUGGCUUGCGAAGAUGAUGAAGGAAAUGACGUUGACAUUCCUCCAGUAUCUAUUUACUUCUGUUAG